CUUUGCAGAUUAUCUCAGCUGUUGAGGGGCUGAUGAUUUUGAUAGUUUUGGUGUGCCUGUACCUGUACCUUUGUAGUGUGGAGUGCGGGGCUUCUAAUAUAGAGCGCAGUGGUGGACACUGUAUUUUCUUUCAUUGGUGUUAGUAGUGCUGUUCUCGUGUGUCGUGUGUUGUGUUCAGUGCAAAGAAAUGCUGGCUGCUGUGAGUGCAAGAUAGACGAAGUCCUCGUGUAACUAAUACGACAGUUUUUCAAGAGGAAUUUGGCACCUUCAGUUUCAGACAUAUUUGUUGUGGAAGGAAUUAAAACAGAUUCUCAACUUUCGUGUUUCCUCGGAGUGGAGAAUGUAAACAGCCAUAGAUCUUGGAGUAUUUUUUGGGUGAUCCCGCGAGUUUGUGAUUGUGUGGCGUGCUGUGUGUGCCGGGGCGAAGUGCCAGAAGUUGAUGGGACUGAGUCAUUCUCGUGGACAUCGCAGAAUGAGCGGCAGUGACCAGGAACAGGAGGAAUCGGGCAACCAGCGCUAUAAUCUCCGGAGUAACGCGCGCUCAGGGGGCGACGAUGACGAGGCAGACCUCUCCUCCAUCGUGGCUUAUCUGAUCCGAAGCGGCCAGAUCCGGUUCAUCAGCCGGGACACUGGAGACUCAGACAGUGACAACUCGUCAGACUGCGAGUUUGUGGCACCCUCCAGAGCUCCAAUCCCUGACCUGAACCCAGAUGUAAAGAACCUGAAGAAAAGUGAUAUUUUCACUGCGGUGAUGAGGUCAUCGGGCCGCUGGUCAGACAAGCGAUGGCUGACCAUGAUGAAGCCCACGGUACCCAACAUGCUGGUCAAGAGGGAGCUUGGCUUGAAUCGGCAGCAGCAGUUCUCCCACGGAGAUCAGUGUUUACUGAAUUCCAAGUACCUCCCCAAUAAGAUGGAAAAGAUUUGCUCCUACCACCACAAGGCAUUCUGCGGCUCCUACUCAGCAGAUGGCAAUGUCUUCCUGUCAGCCUGUCAAGAUCAACACCUCCGCGUCUACGACACUUCUGAUGAUGAGUUCAAGGUCAUCAAGUGCAUCAGGGCCCGCGAUGUGGGGUGGAGUAUCCUGGACACAGCCUUCAGUCCAGACGGCCGCUACGCAGCGUAUUCCAGUUGGUCCGACUGCAUCCACAUCAGUAACAUCUACGGGGACCACGACAUUCACGAAGCCCUCCACCUCAACCCUGGCGACCACAGUUUUUGUAUCUUUUCCCUCAUGUUCUCCUACGACAACAAGGAGAUAUUGGGAGGGGCGAACGACGGGAACAUAUAUGUCUACGACAGAGAAGCAAACAAGAGAACGCUCAAGAUUGAUGCUCACGAUGAUGAUGUGAACACUGUCCGAUUUGCUGACUUCAGCUCGCAGAUUCUCUACAGCGGUGGAGAUGAUGGACUAUGCAAGGUGUGGGACAGGAGAACUCUGAGAGAGGAGCGACCGAUACCCGUGGGCGUACUCGCGGGUCACUCAGAUGGGAUCACGUACAUCGACUCGAAGGGUGAUGCACGAUUCUUCAUUUCCAAUUCCAAGGACCAGACUCUGAAAUUAUGGGAUGUCAGGUGUUUCUCUGACCAAACAGGUGUUGAGGAGACGAAGAAAGUGGUUUCAUCUCAGAGAUGGGACUACAGAUGGCAGCAGGUUCCACGAAGAAUGGCACGGAAAAAGGAACUGAAAGGAGACACGUCGGUGAUGACCUACCGAGGCCACUGCGUCCUUCACACCUUGAUCCGGUGCAAGUUUUCCCCGGAGACGAGCACGGGGCAGCGCUAUGUCUACUCAGGCUGUGCCACGGGCAGUGUUGUGGUGUAUGAUCUGCUGACUGGUCAAGUAGCCUGCCGCUUGGAAGGACACAACUCUUGUACCAGAGACGUAUCCUGGCAUCCGUACAAGAACACCAUCAUCAGCACUUCGUGGGAUGGCACGCUGGGACGUUGGUACUACCACGAUCACGCUGCUCGGGGAACAGAUCCGGACGAGGAUUGCGUGCCUAAAAUCUUGUUCAGAGCUGUGGAGAUGCCGCCGUGUGUAGUGUUUAGGCACUGACUGAAAUGAUACCAGGGCUUAUUUUGUGUACAAGUCUUUCAUCGUAUGUAUUUGAAACCAGACGCUGUUUGAGGUUGGGAAUAAAACUUGAUAUUCAAGUCUCUCAUCAUUUUUCUUCUGUACUAAAAAGAAAUAGUUUCAGUUUAUGUGGUCUGUUGUAAAUGGUCUUGCAUGUGUUGUAUGUUUUGUUUUUAUGUCUGCUUUGAGUGAGCUGUAUGACUCAAAUUUUUUCCACAUUUGUGCACAUUUUGUCAAUUGCUUUGAACGCAGAAAAAGAUUGACAUGUAUAAUACCAAUGUUACCGUAAGAUUAUGUUUUAAUUGCUAUUACCAGUUAGCUUACUACUUUUGAAAAAUGUAAUUUGUAGCUGUCUUAUGAAUUAUUUUUUUGGUCACGAUAUAACCGGUAACCAUUGGUGUGUUAAUAUCUCUACUUCAGUUAAAAGCUUAGGUAGAAACAUUGAAUGAGAUCAAUAUAGAUAGCUGCCUGCUAGUAGAAGAGGUGGGGUUUUUUUUAAAGUUAAAGUUAUUUUUUAUACUCUCAGUGGGAUAUUUUCAGUUUGGCCUUCAGUGUGGAUCUUUUCUGACUGUUAGCACCGGGAUCAUGGCUGAACUAAAAAUAUACUGCACUCCAGUUCAGCUGGUGAAUGGCAUCUUUCAAUUGUUUACAUGAUAUACAGUCAGAAUUAAAAUCUACGAAACCCCAGCAAAUCCAUCAUAUCUAUAAUCAAACUGUAGGUUAUUACAUGGAUCAUGUAUUUCUACCCAGAUUUUGUUGGUGUAUUUAUUUCUCGUAAAUAAGUUUAAUAUGGGCGGAGUUGUAGGUAAAGGUGGAAUAGCCUCUGUAUCCUAAGAGUGUUUCUUCAAUUUUAUCGAGUUCAUAAAAGAAAAGUUGUGCACGGCAGAAGGGCCGUAGAAAUAUUAAUUUUAUGGGGUCUCAGUUUAGACCCAAUGAUUUUGGCUUUACUUAGCUGUUUUAUUAUACCAAUACAAGUACAGCCGAACCUUUCCUCCAUAACAGUCUCUUAAGAUCACAGAGAAAGUGACCGUUGUAGACAGGUGGCUGCCUUAGACAGGUUCUGUGUUAUUGUCACUUACUAGACUGAUAAAGUCCAGGGAUAAUUAAAAAUUGGGAAAAUUUUAUUUCGUCUUUACAUUUUAUUUUCAUCAAAAUCGAUAACUAUCAUGAUAGCUGCUUUGCAUUGGUAUACACUCGGUCUGAGGAUGGGUCGGUGGAAAACUUUUGUAACAAGUGAUUGCUAUGAUGGGCAAGUGUUAACACUUUGCAGUCACCCAGCCACCAGGAGAGUGACUGCAACUGACUUGUCAGGCCUAGGUGACUGGAAUGGAUAAUUUUCACCACGGCAUUAUUGCACCAAGUGACCACAAAGUGUUAAGGUAGACUUGUUACAAAAUGACUGGCUGUGGCGGCGUUGGGCAGGGACCACCACGGGCAGGUUAAAAAUUGAGGACAAAAAUGCAAGGGUAUCACCAGAGAGUCUGCAUAUUGUAGUUCUAAGCUCUCUGGUAUCACAGAACUGUGGCUAGUACUAUUAAUAGCAUUGAUGGUUAAGGCAGGUUCAACUGUAGAUGUAAGUGUAUGGUACCGUAGUCGUAACUAGCAUCUGUGGUGUAAUGGUAAGGCUCUCCUCUGUUGCACGAGAGAGACGUCAGUGAGUUGUUUUCCUUUUUGAAGAAGUUGUUUUAAUCAGGUAAAUGUGUUUAUAUGUCUUUAUGUUAAAGUACUGUAUCCCACAUAGCCUGGGCAGCCAGCCCUGGCAGGCAGAAUCUAAGCAGCCUCCCUGCUAAAAGAAUCUAGAUUGUGUUAAUGAGCUAUUUGAUUAUUUUCAGUCUAUCAUAGUAUUUGUACCUUUGUUUCUUAUCAUGUCUGUUUUUCUUUGACGUUUGAAAAACGAUUUUUUUUAGAUGUCAGUUUAGCAUAUACCGUAUACCAGUUUGUAAAUUUGCUGCUUGGGCACUGUGGUCAGUUCUCUGCUUGGAAGACAAUAUCAUCGGCAAGCUGUUUAGAUGUUGUAAGCUCAUAAAGCAAAGUCUUAUUAGGAGAGAGAAGAAAAAAAACUGUUUCAUUCUUUCUUUUGAAAAUUGUACCCUCAUUAUAUAGAUUUUCUUGUAUUUUUUUCAACUUCUAGGAUUAGAAUUUUGAUUAAAGAAUUUUAAGCACAUACAAUUGAUUACAGAUCCAGUGAUCAAGAAACCGCAAUAAACAGUGUUUCAAAAUUUUGGGCUUAUUGCAUCUGAACAUCUGACUAAUGAUAUGGUGAUUGUGGCUUGAAACUAUUGCAGAAAUGAUUUCUGAAUGUUUAACUGAGAAAGAGUCAUUUUACUGACAGGAUUUUGUAAAUUUAAACAUCUUUACAAAAAUGGUAUUCAUGGGUGUCUGCCUACUAAAGAAUUAUUUGAGAUCUUCUACUUUUGUGUGCCUUCUGAUACAGAAAUGCGUCAAGAGAAUGUGAGUCAGUGAGAGUGUUUCUGAGUGUUGUGAAAAGUACUGCUGUUUGUACUGUUCUUUGUCAUGUCAACUGUAAAAAAAAAAAAAGUGUUUUUCUAAACUGAUGCAAAUAAAAGAUUCUGAAACAUUU